GCGUCGCGCCGAGAGUGACGCGUGGCGUAGAUCACGACGGGCUGCGCCUGUCACACCCGCGGCUUGUUGCGGAGGAGGAGCGGGCGCCAUGGCGGUUCUGCUGGAGACCACUUUGGGCGACGUCGUCAUCGAUCUGUACACUGAGGAGCGGCCGCGCGCCUGCUUGAAUUUCCUGAAGUUGUGCAAAAUAAAGUAUUACAAUUAUUGUCUUAUUCACAACGUACAGAGGGAUUUUAUCAUACAAACUGGUGAUCCUACAGGGACUGGCCGUGGAGGAGAGUCUGUUUUUGGUCAACUGUAUGGUGAUCAAGCAAGCUUUUUCGAGGCUGAAAAAGUACCAAGAAUUAAGCACAAGAAGAAAGGCACUGUGUCCAUGGUGAACAAUGGCAGCGAUCAACAUGGAUCUCAGUUUCUUAUUACUACAGGAGAUAAUCUAGAUUAUCUUGAUGGUGUUCAUACAGUGUUCGGUGAGGUGACAGAAGGCAUGGACAUAAUUAAGAAAAUUAAUGAGACCUUUGUUGACAAGGACUUUGUACCAUAUCAAGAUAUCAGGAUAAAUCAUACAGUGAUUUUAGAUGAUCCGUUUGAUGACCCUCCUGAUUUAUUAAUUCCUGAUCGAUCACCAGAACCUACAAGGGAACAGCUAGAUAGUGGUCGAAUAGGAGCAGAUGAAGAAAUUGAUGAUUUCAAAGGAAGAUCAGCUGAAGAAGUAGAAGAAAUAAAGGCAGAAAAAGAGGCCAAAACUCAGGCUAUUCUAUUAGAAAUGGUGGGAGACCUACCUGAUGCAGAUAUUAAGCCUCCAGAAAAUGUGCUGUUUGUGUGUAAAUUGAAUCCAGUGACCACUGAUGAAGAUCUGGAGAUAAUAUUCUCAAGAUUUGGGCCAAUAAGAAGUUGUGAAGUUAUUCGGGAUUGGAAGACAGGAGAAUCCCUCUGUUAUGCUUUUAUUGAAUUUGAAAAGGAAGAAGAUUGUGAGAAAGCGUUCUUCAAAAUGGACAAUGUCCUUAUAGACGACAGAAGAAUACAUGUGGAUUUUAGCCAGUCUGUUGCAAAGGUUAAGUGGAAAGGAAAAGGUGGGAAAUACACCAAGAGUGAUUUCAAGGAGUAUGAAAAGGAACAGGAUAAACCGUCUAAUUUAGUUUUGAAAGAUAAAGUAAAGCCCAAGCAGGAUGCAAAAUACGAUCUUGUACUAGAUGAGCAAGCCGAAGAUUCAAAAUCAAGUCACUCACACACAAGUAAAAAACACAAGAAGAAAACUCGUCACUGCUCUGAAGAAAAAGAAGAUGAGGACUACAUGCCGAUCAGAAAUACUAAUCAGGAUAUCUACAGGGAGAUGGGGUUUGGUCACUAUGAAGAAGAAGAAAGCUGUUGGGAGAAACAGAAGAGUGAAAAGAGAGACCGACCUCAAAACCGAAGUCGUAGCCGAUCUCGAGAAAGGGACGGCCACUAUAGUAAUAGUCACAAAUCCAAAUAUCAGACUGACCCCUACGAAAGAGAACGGAGUAAAAAGAGAGACCGAAGCAGGAGUCCCAAGAAAUCCAAAGAUAAAGAAAAAUCUAAGUACAGAUGAAAAAUGAGGAAUCAGACAUGAGUGGCUAAUGCAUUCACUGUUGUCUAACUUAGAGCAUCAGCUAUUCAGAUUUUGUGUCAAAGCCGUUAAAGACUCUGCUUGUUGCUUUUUUUCACACUAGGGUUAUGGCCCUUUUCAGUUGAUACUGAUUGUAUAGGGCACAGAAAGACAAUAAAAAACUGAACAUUUUCUUUGUAUACUUUUUUACACUAAUUUUAUUGUUAUACAUAAACAGUAGUCUUCAUUUUUAAAGUCUUUCACAUUUUCCACUCUUCUUUUUUUUAAAUGAAGUAUUUCAUACUUACAAAAAUUCACAAACAUGUAUAUAUAAGGUAUAAAGAAUAGUAAAUAUUUGUGUGCCCAUGAGCCAGCUUAAGAAAUAGAAUAUCACCUGCAUUUUAGAAACUUUCUUUAUGCUCUCUCCUCAAGUGAUGAUUAUUCUGAAUUUUGUAUUUGUCAUUCUCUUGCUUGUUAUAGUUUUUACACCAAUGUAUGUAUUCUGAAAUGAAAUGUUAAAUUUUGUAUGUUUCUGAAUUUUAUAUAAAUGGCAUAAUGUAUGUUUA